CGAGCGACAUGGGCGACCGGGAACAGCUGCUGCAGCGGGCGCGGCUGGCCGAGCAGGCAGAGCGCUACGACGACAUGGCCUCCGCCAUGAAGGCGGUGACAGAGCUGAAUGAACCCCUUUCCAAUGAAGAUCGCUACCUCCUCUCGGUGGCCUACAAGCAUGUGGUUGUGGCCAGGCGAUCUUCCUGGAGGGUCAUCAGCAGCAUUGAGCAGAAAACCAUGGCUGAUGGAAAUGAGAAGAAAUUGGAGAACGUGAGAGCUUACCGGGAGAAGAUUGAGAAGGAGCUGGAGACAGUUUGCAAUGAUGUCCUGGCUCUGCUCGACAAGUUCCUCAUCAAGAACUGCAGUGAUUUCCAGUAUGAGAGCAAGGUGUUUUACCUGAAGAUGAAAGGUGAUUACUACCGCUACUUGGCAGCCGUAGCUUCGGGGGAGAAGAGAAACAGCGUGAUCGAAGCUUCCGAGGCAGCCUACAAGGAAGCUUUUGAGAUCAGCAGAGAGCACAUGCAGCCGACGCACCCGACCCGGCUGUGCCUGGCCCUCAACUUCUCCGUGUUCUACUACGAGAUCCACAAGGCACCCGAGCAGGCCUGCCUCUUGGCCAAACGGGCCUUUGACGACGCCAUCGCGGAGCUGGACACGUUGAAGGAGGAUUCCUACAAGGACUCCACCCUCAUCCUGCAGUUGCUGCGAGACAACCUCACCGUCUGGACCAGGGACCAGCAGGAUGAAGAAGCAGGAGAAGGCAACUGAAGAGCCUUUGGGUCCCUGGCCCUUCCUUCACCCGACCGCCACCCUCCCAUCUCCCGUCCUCGCUGAUUCUUCCUUGCCACAGUCACUAAAUAUCGAAACCUACCUGUCUGUCUGCCUCUCUCUCUCUCUCUCCUUCUCUCUCCCCCCUUCUCCCUCUCCCUCUCUCUCGGCAGCACAACUACUCAGAUCUGCUCUCCUGUCCUUUGGGGGGCAGUUUCAGAUAGACCUUCAUGGACAUUGCUGGACUGAUGGUUGCUUUGGGUCCGCAAGAACUCCAAAAGAACUCUUUGGGACUGUGCAGAAAAGUGUGUUCUGAAUGAGACAUGUUACUGUGCCUGCUGAUCUGUGGCAAAUCCGGGUGAAUGUACCUGGGGGGUUUGGAGAGGAGAGGUAGUCAACACGGGCUGUGGUUGAUGUUUGAGACAAGCUGAUAGUGUGUUGUUAAGCUGUACAUCUCGUGCAUGCAGAAGUGAGCUCAACCCUCCCACCUGUUUCUCCAGCUAAUGGAACACUUAGGGGAAGCUGAUACAGGGAGACAACUUGCUCCUUUCCAUCAGCUUUAUAAUAAACUGUUUAACGUGAGGUUUCAGUAGCACUUUGUUUUGCCUCUCUAAAGUAGGACGUGCACAAACCUUCUUCUCAGUGUAAUGCUUCUAAAGUUUUGGUAUGUGUAGCUUUUUGUUCGGGGUUGCAAUUGUUUAAGAAUUAUGGGCUUUGCUUUUCCUGUUACUCUUUGGCUACUGUUCUUGUGCAUCCUGACAGCGCCCUGUGUGUCAGUCCACGUCACUCAAGAUGAGUGAUUUCAUGAAAUGUCAGACUUGUAAAAUAAAUGUUUUGCAUUCCAAAGGGUAAACAAAUGCUGCUUCGGGGAUAUUAAAAAAAAAAAAUAAAAAAGAAAUAGGGAGGGGUGGAGGGGUUGAAGGGAGGGCAGGGGA